AUGAGCUUCACAAAAGAUUGUCAUGCAUCCCAGCAGGUCCAAUCGACAAGUAAUCGGCCGAUUGACACAAGUAGUAGUCACUACUUUAAAUACACCUCUGGUCGGUGGCUUAUCAAUGAGGCGCACCAACUCCAAACGCGCCAUAUCAACUUCAACGUGCCAGCGCUACAGCGGAUUGCCGGUCAACUGAUGGGAAGCCGAUGUGUUCAAAUGGACAAGAUGCUCGAGGGGCUUUUCCACAAGGUGUUUUCUUUGCAGAUGGAGAAUGGGAAGGAGAUUUUGGCAAGAAUCCCGAACCCCAACGCCGGCCAUGCCCGUUAUGUUGUGGCCAGUGAAGUCGCCACACUUGGCUUUAGCUUAGUGGGGAUUGAACGGAAGUUGGUGAACGCAAAGUUCACCUUGCAUGGCAGCCUGUACUAUCGAGAUACGUUUUCAUGCCGGGAAAAAAGAACUGCCGCCCUGGAAACAGCAGAUCAAGAGCGCCGAUCCGAGUUUGUUUUUGGUCCGACCACGCAGCGGUCCUUUUGGGGGGACGACGAACGCGGAUUGGAGAUGGACAAGGGUCCUUCUAUCGCAAAGCGGGAGAUAUCACGUAUACGAACUGCACACGGCAGAUCCAGCAAUGUCACUACACCUGUGGGCAAAACGCGACGAAGCCGUGAUGCUCACAUCCAGCUCCUUGAGCGAUUCCUAACGGUGCUUCCUUACAUUUUACCACCCGAAGAGAUCCUUACGCCGGUCCUUUUGCACUCCGACCUUCAUCACCAUAAUAUCUUCGUCGACCUGUCCGAUCCCACCAACAUCUCCAGUAUAAUCGACUGGCAAACUGUUUACACCGUCCCGAUGUUCAUGCAAGCGAGGUACCCUUCAAUGUUCACUGCGACGACAUAUACCCAUGGGAGCCGGUCCAACCUCAGCUACCCGAAGAUUUCGAAACCCUCUUGGCGGCCGAUAAAAAGCAGGCGGAAGAUCAGCUUGACCGGCUCUGAUUUAAAAUAGUUCUACGAGCUGGCGUCGCGGAAGUUCAACCCGGCUCUUAUUGAUGCAAUGGACAAGAUGCGAGAUGAUAGUGAUCCGACCACAUUCAUAUUUCACAUUGUCGAACGGUCCUCCGAGGACGGGCCGAUGCCAUUGAAGGAAAUGUUAAUCCAGGUAUUUGAGCGAUGGGACCGCAUCAUAGAACGAUGAGGCUCCACCGAACCGUGCCCCAUCUCGUUCUCGCGGAUCGAGAUCGAAGAGAGUCGGCAGCAGUUCGAAGCCUGGGCAACCGCGUUCGGGGAAUUUUGACGGUCUGCGGGCGGAACUUCUCGGUGACGAUGAUGGCUGGGUCUCCCAUGAUGACUACGAGGGAGCUAUGAGCAGGCGGGAGAAGAACAAGGCGACUCUGGGCUGCCUACGGGAACGAUUAGAGACCUUGCUCUGAUAUCUGCCCCGGACAAUCGGAGUUGAUCCAGCAGAGAGAUCGAGUGUAAGU